GUUUCUUUCAGAGGACCGAUUCGUUCCGCCGCCGUGUUUUACUUCUACGAGGUGGUGUUAGCAAGAAAGCAAGCAACUCGAUCGCGCUAGCAAGGCAGGUGAAGAAGACAUGGCAGACUACCACCGGGUCCAUCCGGUGAUCGCCGGCUCACCGCUUCCGGCUCCGGAGCAAGCCAAGGACAAGCUAAAACCCAGCGCUGCCCAUGACGAGCAGGUGCUGCCGAUCACGGCCCCGCCACCCUACGCGCCGGCGCCUAUGCGCGCGCCGCGGCGGAAGAGGCACAGCCGGUGCUACCGCUGCGUGUGCUGGACCCUGGUGGUGGCCAUCGUGCUCGUCGUCGCGCUCGGCGCCACGGCGGGUAUCCUCUACGCCGUCUUCAGGCCCAAGAUCCCCACCUUCAACGUGGACCGCCUGACCGUGACCCGGUUCGACGUGAACACCACCACCGCGGUGGUCACCGACGCCUUCGAGGUGCAGGUCACGGCCAACAACCCGAACCGCCGCAUCGGGGUGUACUACGACGGUGGCGAGGUCACGGCCUCCUUCAACGGCACCGAGCUCUGCAGCGGCGCCUUCCCCGCGCUGUACCAGGGCCACCGCACCACCGUGCGCCCGCUCAUCACGCUGCAGGGGCAGACGAGCCUCGACAGCGCCGUGGCCGCGCAGCUAGCGCAGCAGCAGCAGGCCGGGUUCAUCCCGCUCACAGUGAACGCCCGCGUGCCCAUCCGGAUCAAGUUCGGCGUGAUCAAGCUGUGGAAGAUGACGGGGAAGGCGCGCUGCAACCUCGUCGUCGAUAGACUCCAGGCGGAGACGCGGCUCCGCAUCCGCUCCAACAGCUGCAGCUUCAAGCUCAAGAUCUAG